AUAUAUUUGAAAGCGACCAACAACAACAAAAAAGUGUGUUGAAUAGAAAUUAGUUUAUUUUUUCCGAAACUAAAAAUGUCAAGUAAUUAAUUUGUAUUUCGAGAUUUCCAUUUUAAACAUUAGAAUGUUUUUCAAAUAGAAGUGUCUCAUUUUUUCCAUUCUAUAAAGUGUAUGGCGGUUAUGUAGAAUUAUGACAUAACCUAUACACUCUUUUGAAAACUUCGAAAAUGAAAAUUAAUUGAUUAGAGUCUAUAUCAAUAUUGGACAUUUGAGUAAUUAGAAGAACAUCUCAAUUUUAUUCAUUAAAAUUCAUACUUUCCGAAAAAUAGUGAAAAGAACGUAAAUAUGUUUGUUAGGAACAAAAUAAUUCAGAGGUUAUGUCAACGAAGUACAAAAUAUUUUAUAAUAAACCAUAAUUUGGCAGAAGUUCCACUCUUAAAGAUUAAAAGACAACUAUGUCUUUCCACUCCAAUUUUUCGAAGCCACGAACUAGCGAGUCAAGAAGUUUCUCCUUUAGAAAGAAACCUUCCAGUUAAUAAAUUUACCAAAAGAACUCAUACCUGUGGAGAACUCAGAAUUGAAAAUGUAGGAGAAAAAGUUGAACUUUCUGGAUGGCUCGAGUUCCAAAGACUCGGAAAAUUCAUAAUUUUACGUGAUGGUUAUGGAUCGACUCAGUUAAUUGUUCCAGAAAAUCGAGAAGAUUUAUCGAAAAUUACGAACGAUCUGACCUUUGAAAGUGUCUUAACAGCAACUGGAAGAGUUGUCGAAAGACCAGAAGGUCAGGAAAAUAAAUCGAUGAAAACUGGAAAAAUUGAAGUGAUGCUAGAAUCACUUGAAGUUUUAAAUUCUGCAAAAGCACAACUUCCGUUUUCUCUUCGACAAUUUAACAAGGCGAAGGAACAACUGCAAAUGCAAUACAGAUAUCUAGCUUUGAGAUUUCCCGAAUUGCAGAGAAAUUUACGGCUGAGAUCGGAAAUUAUUUCGAAAAUGAGAGAGUAUUUAACCAAUCACUGUGGUUUUGUGGACAUUGAAACACCAACUCUUUUCAGAAGAACUCCCGGGGGAGCUCAGGAGUUUGUAGUGCCAACGAGACUCGAAGGAAAAUUUUAUUCUUUAGUGCAAAGUCCUCAACAAUUUAAACAAUUGCUAAUGAUUGGUGGAUUCGAUCGAUAUUUCCAAAUCGCUCGUUGUUACAGAGACGAGGGUUCCAGACCCGACAGGCAACCCGAAUUUACUCAAUUGGACGUGGAAAUGUCGUUUACGGAUCGCGAAAGAAUACUAGAAUUAAUUGAGGAAUUGGUAGUCUACUGUUUGCCAGAAGACUACAGACCUGUACAAAUUCCUUUCAGUCGUUUUACUUAUAAUGAAGUUAUGGAAAAAUAUGGAACAGACGCUCCGGAUCUAAGAAUUCCGUACGAACUGCAAAAUUUCAGUGACCUUCUCGGACCUGAAUUGUCGAGAGAAAAUGAAAAUUUCGGUGCUUAUGCUCUAGUUUUUCCAGAGUGCAGUGAAAGUCUUUCAAAAUCUGUUCAAAACAAAUUGAGAGAAAUGGCCAGUAUGUAUUUUAAAAAAACGAGACUUGUGCAGAUUAAAUCGAGCGAUUCUCUUUUGUCGAAAAUAAGCAAAAUAUUUUCUGAAAAUGUGGCAGAGAGAGUUUUAGAAAAGCUGAAAAUUAAGGAAGGAGACGCUCUCUUUUUGGCUUAUGGAGACAAAACUGAUGCCCAAAAGGUGCUUGGAAGAUUACGAGUUGAAUUCACAAAUAUUUUGGAAGCUAAUCGUCAGUUUAUAAGAUCUCCAGGUUUAGAAUUUCUCUGGGUCUUGGAUUUUCCUUUAUUUAAUGUUGGAAAGGAUGGAAUUCUUGAAUCGACGCAUCAUCCUUUUACUCGACCUCAUCCAGAAGAUAUGGACUAUUUAUCUACAGAACCAGCAAAGGUGCGAGGCUUGCACUACGAUCUGGUUAUGAAUGGCGUUGAAAUUGGCGGAGGCUCGAUUCGAAUUCACGAACCGAAGCUGCAAACAGAAAUUUUGAAAAUGUUGAAAAUCGAAACUGAUCAACUGAAGCAUUUACUCGAAGCUCUAGAGUGCGGAGCUCCUCCUCAUGGAGGAAUUGCACUAGGUCUGGAUCGCUUUAUUUCUCUUCUCUGCAGAUCAGCUAGUAUAAGAGAGGUGAUAGCUUUCCCAAAAACAAUGGAAGGCAAAGAUUUAAUGUCCGGAGCUCCUGCGACCAUUUCCGACGAAGAAAAACGGCAGUAUCAUUUAAAAUAGUUUUCUUUUUUUUUUAAAGACUAAUUUUAUUAUUCUGCCAAUUGUGAGAUAUUAUUUGUU